AUCCACGUGUUGCGUUGAAUGUCUCGCGUCCUGUCGGUUCACCGCAAAGUUCAGAGGCUCCGGUAAUAACAGCACACACAUCAGAGUCGGCGGAGGAACUGCGAUCGGACCGGACUUUUCCAUGUUUUACACACAUUAACAGACCGAUCGUGUUGAAGAAUUUCUAAGCAGGUAGCCCGAAGGAACGCCGCGAAAGCAGGUGAGGGGGUGCCAUGCCAGCUGCUGCUCCCCUGUUGCUGCUCCUCGCCAACCUGUGGUGGCCUCUGGUGUUGGCCCACGGUCAUCCUCACAGCUCCCCCACAUUCACCUCCCUCGAUGGCUCCCGCUUCAAUCACCUCCUGCUCGACAAUUUCUCAGGACAGGUCUACGUGGGGGGAGUUAAUGUGCUCUAUCACCUCUCGGAAGACUUGCAGCUGCUUUCAAGGGGCAAAACCGGGCCCAAACUGGACAGUCCGGACUGCCUUCCCCCCAUCGACCCCACCGAUUGCACUCACGCUGAAACCACAGACAACACCAACAAACUUCUUUUAUUAGAAGAAGUGGAAGGAGAGCGUCCACUCAGCCUGAUCGUGUGUGGGACGGUGCUACAAGGUAUCUGCGAGAAGCGGAGUCUGGAGAAUGUCUCACAGGUCCUGUACAAGACCGACAACCCCGUGGACACUCAGUAUGUGGCCGCAAACGAUCCUCGUGUGUCCACGGUGGGUGUGGUGGUGGAGCAGAAAGGAGUUUUGCUUAUGCUCGUUGGGCGAGGCUACACCAGUAAAGGACCCGGUGGUAUUCCACCAAUCACUAUGCGCCGUUUGGCACCAAUCGGCCAAAACUCUGUGCCAGCGUUCUCCCACGAAGAACUUGGUAAGCUGGUCGUCGGUAGCUACUCGGAAUACAACAACCACUUUGUGAAAGCGCUCCACCACAACAAUUACGUCUACUUCGUUUUCUCUCGGCGCGAUGUGUGGGGUAAACGGGAGUACAGGACAUAUGUUUCAAGGCUCUGUGCAGGUGACCCCAAUUUCUACUCAUAUGUGGAGGUGCCGCUCUCCUGCGUUGGAGGAUACAAUCUGGCACAGGCAGCUGUGCUUGGCAUGCACUGUGAACAACCUGCGUUGUUUGUGGCCAUGGCCAUGGGGCAAGCAUCGACCCCCACGCCCACAGACAGGUCGGCUCUUUGUGUGUACAAGGUGGAAGAGCUGGAUAAAGCUCUGCAUGGUGCUCAGCUGCUGUGUUACACACAGGAGGGUAAAGACAGCAAUAACAAGGAGAAGGCUUACAUUGAGUACGAAGUGUCUUCCAGUUGCUUGAAACUCCCGCAGGAUUCUUUGAUGGAGUACCCCUGUGGAGAGGAACACACACCUAGCCCUAUUGCAAGUGCCAUUCCUCUUGAGUCCACGCCCGCUUUCACCUGGACUCCACCCAUCACCGCCGUCACCACGGCAACUGAGGUUGGCCACACCAUCGUACUGUUAGGAGACAAAAGCGGAAGGCUUCACAAGGUGUUCCUCUAUGCAAAUGGAACCGGCACCAAAUAUGACACUGUGGAGGUGGAUACAGAGAGUUCCAUUAACGCCGACCUGCUGUUGGACUCCACCAAACAGAACGUCUAUAUGUUGACAGAAAGAAAGGUUACAAAGCUGCAGGUGUCUCAGUGUGAGAAGUAUUUAGACUGCCACUCAUGUCUGUCUAACAGAGAUCCCUACUGCGGUUGGUGUUCACUGGAGGGCAGAUGCACACGGAAGAUGGAUUGUGCACGGAAUGCUCAGCCACACCACUGGAUAUGGAGUUACGGCCGUGAACAUCAGUGUGUGUCCAUAGAGAGUCUAGAACCCGCCAUCCAGAGCAGAGAACAACAGACACAGAUCUCUUUCACAGUUCUACAGUUGCCAGUUUUGUCAAAGGAUGAGUCUCUGUCUUGUGCUUUUGGGAGUUUGGCUGCUCAGCCUGCGGUUGUCAUGGAGAACCGAAUCACAUGUCAAUCACCCGCACCAGAAGAGCUCCCCCCCAGCCCGUUAGGCAACGAUCAUGUGUCUGUUCGAAUGGCACUGAAGUUCGGAGACGUGACCAUUUCCCACACAAACAUCACUUUUUAUGACUGUAAAACAGUAGGACGACUCAACGCAACAUCACCAUGCAUGGCGUGUGUGAGCAGUAUGUGGCCGUGUCACUGGUGUGUGAAGGAUGAGCUCUGCACUCACGAUAAAAGUUGCCCGCGACAACACGCCAUCUAUAACAGCAGGGAGCAGUCGACACCUCGAGGGCCCGACUCUUGUCCCUGUGUUUGGGCCCUGCAAAGUUCGCCACUGGUUCCUGUUGGCUUUGACACGGAGAUCUCUCUACAGGGCAAAAACCUAGACAUAUUUGUGGACGAGGAAGAUUACGCAUGCGUGCUGGUCAUUGAAGGCCGGGAGCUGCGUUUACGGGCCACGUUGGACCGCAGCAAAGAGACGGGGGCGCAUGUGUUCAAGUGCGCAGCUCAUCAGUUUCAGUACUCAGGAAAGCAGUUUGAAUAUUCAGCCCCUGUAUACCUGCAGUGGGGGACACAGCGUAUAGAUUCAGCACCACAUCUCCGCCUGCAGCUGUAUGACUGCUCAGUGGGACAGUCCGACUGCAGUCAGUGUCGUGCGGUUGCUGCUGAUUAUGGGUGUGUGUGGUGUGGUGAUGAAACUCACAGCUGUCUUUAUAACCAAUCAUGCACCAGUGGAUCUGUUGACACUUGCCCUCCCCCACUCAUUGCUCAGGUCGAGCCACUGACCGGGCCACUAGAGGGCGGCAUUCUACUGACAAUCCAAGGCUCGAACCUGGGCCAGAGUUUCCAGGACAUCCAGGCGGGAGUGACAGUGGCAGGGGUUACCUGCAGACCUCUACCUGAGGCCUAUCGCAUAUCCACUAGCAUUGUGUGUGAACUCCAGACCAGUGCAAAUGUCACCGCUGGACCAGUGGUCAUCACUGUCAGAGGGGCAGAGAGAGGAGAGUCUCAGCAGAUGUUCUCGUAUCAGAACCCACAGCUGAGCCGGAUUGUACCCAGAAAGGGUCCUUUAGCUGGAGGCACGAUGCUCACAGUUCAUGGGUCUCAACUCCUGACGGGACAAAAAACAGAGCAAAGAACCGACCAGAUAACAGGCCUGCAGGCAUUUGUGGGCUCUCAGCCCUGUCGCAUAGAUGGAGUGAGUGACACUCAGCUGAUCUGUCGCACCAGUCACUCAAACCAAACGGGAAAUGUGCCAAUCAAAGUCUUGUUUGGAAGGGCAGAAAGGAUUGUGGAUACUGUCCUAUUCAGCUAUAUGGAAGACCCAGUCAUUACUGAUGUAACCCCUACAGAGAGUUUCUAUGGAGGAGGGCGUGCUAUAUAUGUGACCGGACAACACCUUGACGUUGUUCAACAGCCAAAGAUGUCAGUUUCUGUAGAGCCGAGAGGAACGUUUGAAGCCAGAAAGCGGCGUUACAGUCACGUUUCGGUCAGAAAUCCCCUGAUAAUGAGACAAGAGUUGUGCACUAACGUUACCUCAGAGCGGAUGAUUUGCCAGAGUCCCACAUUGCCAAGGGAUUCCAGGAUCGUGCGAGUGUGGUUCGAGAUGGACAACGUGCACAUUGACUUUCACACCAUCAAAAACAAACCGUUCAUAUACCACUCAAACCCAGAGUUAUUCCCGCUCAACAGCGAGGCCCCGGGAACGGCUAUCCGCUUCAAACCUGGAGGAGUGCUGGCUGUAGAGGGUAAGGGACUGACUCUGGCCAUGAGCAGAGAGGAAGUUCUGGCACAGCUGGGAGAUAAAGAGUGUGACGUGAAGACUCUGGAUAACACACACCUGUACUGUGAACCACCUGAGGAACAGCCUCUCCCUGUGGGCGACGGCGACUUACCCGGCCUCAAAGUGUUAAUGGGAAGACUAGAGUUUGAUUUGGGUCUAGUGCAGUACGACAAUGAUCUUCAUUCCCCAGUGCCUCUAGCUGCUCAAGUCGGACUGGCAGCGGGGGCGGCAGUGGUCGUACUCAUCGUGCUGGUCAUCAUUCUCAUGUACAGGAGGAAGAGUAAACAGGCUCUGAGAGACUAUAAAAAGGUUUUGGUGCAGCUAGAGACUCUGGAAAUAAAUGUUGGAGAUCAGUGCAGAAAAGAGUUUACUGAUCUGAUGACUGAGAUGAUGGAUCUCAGCAGUGAUGUUGGUGGACCUGGAAUUCCUUUUUUGGAUUACCGCACAUAUGCAGAGCGCGUUUUCUUUCCCGGUCAGAAGGGGGCUCCACUGAGUCAGAACCUGGACUUGCCUGAUUCACGCAGACAGACUGUGGAGCAAGGCCUGGGUCAACUUAAUAACCUGCUCAACAACAGACUUUUCCUUAUACGGUUCAUUCAUACCCUGGAAGCGCAGCAAAGUUUCUCACAGAGAGACCGAGGUUACGUCGCAUCUCUUCUCACGAUGGCUCUACAUGAUAAGCUGGAGUACUUCACUGAUGUCAUGAAGACUUUACUGGGGGAUUUGGUGCAGCAAUAUGUGGCCAAGAACCCCAAACUCAUGCUGCGCAGGACUGAAACGGUUGUGGAGAAGAUGCUGACCAACUGGAUGUCCAUCUGUCUCUACUCUUUUCUCAAGGAGGUUGCCGGAGAGCCUCUCUACAAGUUGUACAGGGCUAUUAAGUACCAGGUGGAUAAAGGACCGGUGGAUGCAGUGACGGGCAAAGCCAAACGCACUCUCAAUGACAGUCACCUUCUCAGAGAGGACAUAGACUACUGCUCAGUAACUCUGACAGUGCUGGUGAAGAGUGGCGUCGAGGUCCAGCCCUGUCCUGUUAAAGUUCUGGACUCUGACACCAUAACUCAGGUUAAAGAUAAAAUCCUGGACCAGAUCUAUAAAGGAGCUCCUUAUUCCCAGAGACCAGCCGCAGACUCGUUGGACCUUGAGUGGCGAUCAGGUCAGGCGGGUCACCUGACUCUUUCUGAUGAUGAUGUCACAGCAAUCGUUCAGGGUCGCUGGAAACGGAUCAACACUUUACAGCACUACAAGGUGCCUGAUGGGGCCACUGUGGCUCUCAUCCCUCGUUCCCAGAGUUCUCUUAGAGUAAAUCAGGUGUACCAGACUGGAGAGAAAACUCCUAUGCUGGAGGGAGAAGAGGAGGAAGGUCUUCGGUUGUGGCAUCUAGUAAAGCCAAGCGAAGACACUGAAAUCCCCAAACACAGGAAGAGCAGCAUGAGAGAGAGAGAACGUGCAAAAGCAAUCCCAGAGAUCUACCUUACACGACUGCUUUCAAUGAAGGGCACUCUGCAGAAGUUUGUAGAUGAUGUGUUUGUAGCCAUAUUGAGCACCAAACGGCCUCCACCCAUCGCUGUCAGAUUCUUUUUUGACUUCCUGGACGACAUGGCAGAGAAACACGGCAUUGAUGACCCCGAGACAGUGCACAUUUGGAAAACAAACAGUUUACCUUUGCGUUUCUGGGUGAACAUCUUGAAGAACCCUCAGUUUGUGUUCGACGUGCAGGUGACGGAUAGCGUGGAUGCUGUCCUCUCUGUUAUCGCACAGACCUUCAUUGAUUCCUGCACUACAUCCGAGCACAAAGUGGGUCGGGAUUCGCCUGUCAAUAAGUUGUUGUACGCCAGAGAAAUUCCACGAUACAAGCAGCUGGUGGAGAGGUACUACAGUGAUAUUCACAACGCAGUGUCUGGCUGUUACCAGGAAAUGAAUUCCACCCUCACAGAGCUGUCAGGGAGUUUUGCAUCGGAGAUGAACAGUGUGGUGGCAUUGCAUGAACUAUACAAAUACAUCAACAAAUACUAUGAUCAGGUUAUCAUGUCCCUGGAGGAAGACGCUGCGGGGCAAAAGAUGCAGUUGGCGUAUCGCCUGCAGCAGGUCGCCGCCCUGGUGGAGAAUAAAGUCACUGACCUUUAGGCUUUGACCUUUUACCUUUUAAAGCUCAUCAAUAAUCACAUCUGAGAGUCCAAUCAGUGCCUUUUCGAGCAAAGUAUUGAUUAAUCAGCUGAUGAAAUCCAACCACAGCGCUAAACUCUGCUCUUCCUGCGUGUUUGCAUGACUUUUCAAAUGAGCACUCAGUGAAUUCUUAACAAAAGGGAACAGGAAAUGAAGUAAUGAUCACCUCCUUUCGAUGACACCUUAAUGGGAUUUUUAUUGGAGAAGGAUCGGUUUUCAAACUGAAGCUACGAACUACUCAUAGUAGUACUGACAAAUUAAAAAUUGUGUGUGUGUGUGCAUGUUUGUUAAUUGGUUGUGUGUAUGUCCAAAAGGGGCUGCUGUAUAUGUGAAGCUGGCUUGAUUCAAAUGCUAUGACCCCAAGUCAAUUUUGAUGAAGCUACUGAAGCGACUCUCACAUGUAUUGUGACAUGCUGAGACAAAUUUUUGUACUUUCGUUCCGUUGAUCAAAGUUUCAUGGACUGCUACAAGUUGACCUCUGUCACAUUCAACCAUUACAAUCAUCUUGGUGCUUUGGAUAUCCACCAUUUACUUCAUCUAUAUGGAGUAUUGUGGUCCAGGUUUAGAGGUGUCAGUGUUUUCUCUUUGCCUAAUUUUUAUCCUUCAUUAUCAAAACUCAAAAUCAGAGACUGGCCAUGUGGUAUUAACAUUUUAUAAUAACAUUUCUACAUUAGAAUUGUAGAUCACGCAAGUAUUAAACUUGGAACAUUUGCGUAGAGUUUUCUAGAGCAAGUCUUUGCACACAAGUGCCAUAAGUUAUGAGAGCACAAUAUUUGUGUGUGCACGUUAUUGUGUAAUUUUAUGAGUGCAUGCAAGUGAGAGUAACAAAUUCAGUUUUGGAGGGGUUUUUACACGUGGGGAUGCUAAAUGACCUUUUGACCCAUCCGUCAGUCUGAUUUCAGGCUUGUAGCACUAUGAUCUGAUUAAGUUUGUCAAAGCAUCAAUAUGCCUUCACUCAAAAGAUUUCUGGUUUUUCUCACAAAAGUAUGUACAGGUCACAUUUCACCCCAAAAUCAAAAGAAAAAUAUAUUUGAAGCCUGAUUUAGGACCAUUAAGAUUUUCAGCCGUGUUAAAUAGUUUUCAUGACAAUUAAGCACUCUUCCCACACAAAUUCUCAUUACCGUAAUGCAUCCAGGCAUUUACUUUUGAGUUUUUUGUAAUUCCCGUGAUUGUCAGCGGUGAUUCUCAUUAGAUAUCUAGACAUACUAUUGCUUUUUUUCAUUUAAAUCAUCAUUAAAUUAAAGGCAGUAUACUAUCAUGAUAUAUCAAUACUUAAUGUUUUAAUAUGUAAUUUAUUCGCUUUACACCAGUGACAAUUUGAUUUUCUAUUUUUUUUUUUUUUUCUCAUUAAGAUAAUAGGAAUUGGGGUGGGGGGGUAGGGUUUCAUUGUCAUUAUAAAUGACAUUAUAUAAUGUCACAAUGCCAGAAGUCUUAAUGAACCUAAACUAGUAUUGAUAUAUCUUGAUUUUGGGGUGAAAUAUGUCCCAGUUCGCCCAUAAUUACAUGAAAUUUAAAAGCACAAGGUAGCACGUUUCUCCAAGAUACAAUAUUAUGUGAUUUGUGUCUCAAAUGAAAUUCAAAGAGAAGCAACUGGGACACGCAGUUUCUUGGGAGAUAAUAAAAAAAUAAUUGGGUCAGUUUGGGAUCAUCUUUGGAUUUUGGGGUGACAGGCAGAGAAAAGCAUCUUUACUGCUCAGUUCCAAUGAUUAGAAAAGCCACAGUUGAAUUGAGAGUUGUGUAAUUCAGACACUGCAUAGAAACUAACUUAUUAUAUUGUAAAUAAUGCUUAUUUAUACAUGACUGCCAAAUGUGCCUUCUUUGUUACAUUUUAUAAUGUCUACCUAUUGCUUGACAUAACUUGCCAAAUCGAGAAGAUGAUGAACUGUGGCACUGCUGUUGCCUGUGGAAGCAAGUGUGAAUUAGUAAAGAUCAAUGGCGACUUGAGUUAAUUCUGUUAUAUUGGGCUGUUGGUCACCGGACUUCAGUGUGUCUCAGGAUUACAGCCACUGAUCUAAAUUUAUUCAGUAUAAACACUCUUGUAGCCAAAUUAAUUUCUAGUUCAGUCCAACACUUUAUUUCCAACCUGCUUUGUCGCAGGUGACAAAAGUGUAAAUUGUACUGAUUUCAGCUUUGAAUUUCACUGUGUUAUGUGAAUCUGUUCUUAUUUGCUUGUUCAUAUUAUGUUUUGUUUCUUACCCAAAGCACUUUGUGUUUAUAUUUUGGUUCACCCACAAUGUCUAAAUUUUUGUAAAGCUUAAUGAAUUAAGGGAGAUAAGCUUUAAUGCAAUCCCUUUCAUGUAUAAAACUGAAAAUAUCAUUUGAAUCUUUCUCAUUUAUUUGAGGGUCACUGCUAAACCCCUGAUUGAUGCUUUUAUAUGUGUUAGAUGUUAUCUGGACAUCUAUAUGAAAUGCAUUUUCGAAGGCAUUUCUGGUCCUGCAUUUAUUUAUGUGACAGUUCAUCAUACUAAUGUAUGCAGAGGGUUGUGUUGUAAAAAUAUGAAAUGAUAACUCAACUAUUAGUUUGCUCAUCCUGUGUAUGUUUAUUAGCCUGUUUUUGAAUGCAUUUCGCCUCAAUGUAAUUUUUAUUAUUAUAGACUGAUGCAUGCUUGAGAUUUGAUUGGAUUUUCUGAUUGGUAUGUUUGAUGAGAGGUUCAUUCUACGGACUGCAUUAUGAGUGCAUGACUCUCAAAAACACGAGUGGACCACUCUGUGAAUGAGGUGUGUGUGUGCAUUAAAGUUUGUAGGUAUUAGUAGCGCUUUGUACAUGACAGUGAGGUUAUUUGCGAAUCUCCUUUUAUGUACUCUCAUUUCUUUGUGCAAAUUUUUUUUUUUUUUUUAAACAGUCUUGCAAUUGACUGUCUUGCCAAUCGAGUGGAAUACAGCUUUGUAUCUUUGCAGAUAAACAAUUCAGCCUGUUGCUUAAAGGAUUGUUGGUGUAUAUGAAGUCCUUGCCUGGCACCACAUUUUACACAACUUUUGUACAGGGGAAAAAAAUAAGAUAGUAAUUUUCUAAUGAAGUUGGGGUUAAAAGAGAACAUUCUAAAGAUACCCAUUCUAAAGACUUGCUCUUUUGUAUUUGUAUUGUGUAUAGUUUGCUAACAAUUGUGUAUAUGUGCCUGUACAUAUUGUGAAGAAGACAUUUUCUUUUUUUUCCCAUUUCUUUUUUCAGCUUGGAUAAAAUUACUCUCUCCAUUGAGGAAUUGGGAGCCAAAAUGUUAAAAUGAGUGUAAUGGACAUUUGUAUCUGGAAAAAAAUAAAGCUAUAAUUUUAACAAUGAAGACAAACGUGUUUAAUUUAAAGGAAUAGGUCACCAAAAAAUGAAAAUUCUCUCAUCAUUUACUCACCCUCAUGCAAUCCCAGAUAUGACUUUAU